AUGGCCACCUGUGACAAAGAUGACCAGAGUGCCACUCUGCAGGGCCCAGGGGAGCCCCAGAGGCCAGAAGAGCUCCACCGGCGAGCAUCCAGCCAGAGGAGCUGCUUCCAUGGGGUUGAGCUGUGGCCAGAGCUGCUCUGGGAAGACUGGGAGCUGGGGAGGGAAUUCACCAAGACAUUAUUCCUAAAGAACAUCCACAGCAAGCUGCAGAAGCUACAGUUCAGGCCUCCAACAUCCAAGUAUUUCACCACAUUGCUUCCCCAGAUAAUCAUUCUCAGCCCUGGGACCUCUUUCUCUAUGCCUGUCACUUUCAGACCACACGAGAAGUGUCACUAUGAGGACAGUAUUGAGUUCCAGGAUAAAGAUGGUUGCUUCCAGGUGUCCCUCCGUGCCACUGUUCCUUGCCAUGCCCUGGAGGUGCCUGAGUCUGUGUUGCUGCCACUCUGUGCUGUGCAGCACUCUUCACGCAUCACUUUCCUAUUCAAAAAUGUCAGCAUGCUGCAGACGAGUUUCCAGUGGGAGUGUGAUGCUCCAUUCCAACUUAUCCCAGAACAUGGUCUCCUGAAACCGCGCCAGGAGUGUUGUGUCACUGUGGUCUUCCGGCCACAAGAGGCGCUAGUGUAUCAGUGUGAGGCCUGCUGUAGGUUUGGAGAUGAAAGAGAGGAAGCAGGCAGCCGCUGCACUGUGCUCUUGCAGGGCCUAGCCAAAUACCCGUUUCUCCAAGUGAGAAGCCCAAACAGAGAGGAGGGAGAGGAACAGGACAUCCCAGCCCUGCACUUUGGCUCGGUGGCGGUUGGCUGUAGCGUGCAGAAACAUUUUGACAUUCUAAACCCAUGUCCGGUAACGGCAUCCUUUUCUCUCUCCCAGCUGCGGGAGGAAAAGUUGCUCUUGGGGUCAGAGUUCAGUUGCAAUGUCACUAGUGGAGAAGUGGCCCCUGGUGCUUCACUACGGGUCAAGGUCACCUAUGCUCCCUUUAUUGUGGAUACCGUCUCUGUUGACUACCUGUCCAUCAACUGUCCAGGGACACUCAGCAAAAGCCAGCUCAAAGUAACUGGGAAGUGUAUAGGUCCUAUUGUUACCCUCUCCUCUUCUGUGGUGGACUUUGGCUGUGUCGAACAAGGUCAGGAAGUUUUGCGGACACUGGAGCUGAUAAAUUCAUCACCAGCCAGAGCUGUUUACCAAUGGGACUUGGAUUGCAGUGGCCACAGCAUCUUCAGCAUACAUCCAGCAGAGGGCACUCUGCACCCACACAGCUGUACUCUACUGAAGGUGUUCUACAGGGCCACCCAACCAAUCGUGCACUAUAGGAGAGUGGCUUGUCUUGUAUUACACGGGGACCCUACAUUCCUUGACAUCAUAGGCACCUGCCAUUCAGAGCUCCAACAGCCCACCAUACUGCGACCCAGACACCUGGUGCUGUACCAUCUUCACCAAUGCUAUGGACUCACUCAGUACCCACCCGACCUCCUCCGUACUAUGCUGCAAGAGGGGAUGGUACAUCUUGACCAGAAUGGGGCACUCUACCGACCAGAACAGGAAUCAGGUCAGGGUCCAGACAGUGCUACUGCUAUAGAAAGCACUCCAAUGGAGGAAUACUUCCAGGCCUGCUCAGGACGCAUCGCUCCUCUCUCCCACUCCUCCUCCUACUCCUCAUCUCCUCAUAUCACUGUGGAGCCCGCUGAGCUUCUCUUCUAUCGCAGAUCCUCUUUUUUGUCAUCUUCAUCAUCCUCAUCUCAGUCAGUUUCUAUUACCAACCACACCAAGGGGAAACUCAGCCUGGUAUGGACCACUGCCCCAGACUCCCCCUUCUCUGUCUCUCCUUCAUCAUCUCAGCUGGGUCCACUGAAGUCCACCUCUUUCAGGGUGAUCUACACACCGAUGCAGCUCAACACUUUUCAUGGAGCACAGCUAGAGUGCUUUGCUGUAUAUAAGGCACUGCAAGACUGUCAUGAGGCAGAGGAGUGGAUGCUGUGCCCUCCCUGGUGUGUGACCGUCAGGGUAAUAGGUCAUUCCUUCCAGCUGGGCAAAGAGCACUUUAUCCCUCACUGCCAUGUGCAGCACCCUCAGGUGAUAUUUCCAGUUUUGAGUGUUCCCUCCUACCGGACAGUUUUGUUCCAGAACAAUGGAGACCUGCCCCUCGCCUUCCAUCUGGACCUGGACUGGGCCCUGAACCUGUCUUCCCCAGCAACUCCGGUGUGUGUUGCACCAAGUUGCGGCUUGAUUCGGCCAGGGGAACACCAAAUUCUCACUCUCAGGACCACGCCGUCUGAGGAAAGCCCCAAAAAGGGGUUUAACUUGUCCUUUCAGCUCAAUGCAGCAAAACACGUGCAGGAACUGACAGUGUUCAAUGUUGCUGAAAAGCCUUGUGUGUCUUUUGAAGGAGAUGGUUGCCUAUAUUUCCCUCCUACAAGUGUGGGCUCUCAAUCCCAGUGCUCCCUCCGCAUAAAGAACCUAAGCCACCUGCCUCUGCGGUUCCAGUGGAAGCUCCCAGAACAAGAUGAGAAGCUUAUUUCUGUAGAGCCAGACUCGGGACAACUGCAAGCCAGUGAGAGUGCGGUCCAGUCAUGGUUCUUCAGCCCAUUGGAAGAGAUGAUGUAUACACUUAAACCCAACCUCACCUUUUGGCCAAUCCAGACUUCUGGAUAUGAGAAGUCCUACCUUCCCCUCAAUGUGAUUGGACAGGGCUGUAAAGGCUCCUUACAGGCUGAGAAUGAGGUCAUUGAGCUGGGGCAGAUGUUGGUUGGUAGCUGCAGAUCAUUUGAAGUUCAACUGGUCAACAGCAGCCUCUGCACCAUCUCCUUCUGCCUCUCAGUGCAACAGACACUUCUGGACAAAGAACUUCUCCUUGAUCUAGAUACUGAACCCAAUGCCCUCAAGCUGGACAUUGCAAGGGGAACCAUUGUCUCCCACUCCAGAAUUUUGCUCCAAUCCACAGUCAUACCACAAAGACGAGCCUGUUACCAGUGGACCAUCAGCUAUCAGACACAGAGUGCCAGUGGCUCUGUGUUUUCCUCACCCCAGAGAGUUUGUGACGUACGAGGGGAGGGUGUGUUCCCCACCCUGCAGGUGACUGAUGCACACAGUGGAGGCAGUGUGGACGGGCUCAGUAAGGUGCAACUGUGGAACCUCUUCUCAUUGGAUGGCCUCAAUGAGCACCUGUUUGCUAUCCCUUCCCCUCUGGAGCUCACAUACAGAACUCUCACAAAGCGCAGUCUGCAUCGCGGUUCCCCCAUUUUCACAACCACUAUGUUGGAUUUCAACUUCAGCGCUGCCCCAUUGGGCUCAGAACCCUCUACUGUUCUGCUUAUGUUCGACAACACCGGGCCCAUUACUGUACACUGGGCAUUCCUGUUUCCAGAGGACCAGCCAAUAGAGUUGGAGUACUGGGCAGAGAUGUUAGAGUCCAGCAGUGCUGAGCUGCAUCAGAUGAGGAUUCAGGACAACAAUCUGUUCGGCAUCUCUCCCCGCUCUGGAACUCUGCUCCCUGGCCAACAGAGGGCAGUACACUUCAGCUACAGACAUGACUUUACUGGAGCUGACCGGCUGCCUGUCCUUUUGAAACUGUCACAUGGCAGAGAGAUCCUGCUGAAUUUCCUGGGGACUACGGUAGAGAGGAAUAGACCCUAUCUUCACUUCCCUUCUAGCCGACAUGUCUUCACUCCCAUAGCCAUUGGAGGUUUCAGUCCUCCCAGACAGGCAUAUGAGCUAUACAAUGGUGGUGCGGUGCCAGCCUGUUACGAAGUGGACACUGCUCCACUAAGGCAGCUCCAGACAGAUAACUUUAACCACCCAGUGCUAGACUGCCUUAACCCACGGGGGGAGGUCCCCCCUGGGAAGACAGCCAUGCUGGAGUGGGUCUUCUCUCCGUUGGAGGCCAAGAUAUACAAGGUGGAUGUCUCUAUUCACAUCCAGGAGGGAGAAUCUAUGUUGAUGACAUUUGAGGGUUGUGGGUUUGAUUCUCGGGCAACGGGCUUCUCAGCUCCUCUUCAUUUCCAUGAUACUCAGCAGAAUGUUCCCAGGCUCCAGAAGGUUCCCUCACCAGGACAGGUGGUAUUACUAUCUGAGGAAAGAAUGUCUCUUGGUGACAUUCCUGUGGGCUCGUGCCCCACUAGAAUCCUCUUCCUGACCAAUGUCUCACACACAGAUACCAUCCACUACUCAUGGGAGCUGCCCAAGCUGGACAACCAACAGGUGGUGCAGGUUAAACCAGACCAUGGCAGUCUAUGUCCAGGGGAGAGUGCUUUGUGUGUCCUUAAAUUGACAUCUUCUGGCCUCCCUGCUCUCUACCAGCUAAAUCCUAUCUGUCAGGUUACUCUGGCAGCAGCACUCUCUCACUACCAUGAUGCCUUGUGUCAUUGGGAGGAGGAGCGAGAGAGGCAGCAACAUGAGUUCACUCUAACCGAGACAGACUUUAGAGAGGGGGUUCGAACUCUUCCUCCCAUCAGAGCCAAAAGCAGCAAUGCCAUGUUGGGUGGGACGUGUGUCAGGCCAACACAAGCAGAGCAGCGGGCACAGAGGGAGUCAGCAACAGCAUGGAGGCGUCCUGAACCACCCCGCCCUGCUCUGCUUCAUCUGGGGGUGACGGCACGCUCCCAUGGACUGCUGGACUACCAAAUCCACUUCCUUGACCAACUGGAUAAAUUCUACUUACAAAGAUCCUUCCAGUCUAAGUCCCCGAGUCAAGCAAGCACUUCCUCAAGGACUAUGCCACCUGCUGGGCUGCCCCCAUUGAUCCACGGCCCAGAAAGAGACAUACUUACACACACAUUUACCUCCCUGCUCAUGAGCCUCCUAAAUGACCCAACCUUCCAUCAGUCUCUGGCCAGUGGGGCAUCUGAGCUCCCUCCCUGCUUUAAACAGCUCAGAGAAUCUCUUCCAUCUAGCCCCUUCACCCCACCAUCUCCAACCUCUUCCACCUCCUCUUCCCACCAAAUUCUUCAGUCAUCUUCUGCCCCUCUUUUUCCAUCACGUCAGCUUUCAUCUGGUGGGGCAGACACUGGGCUGAGAGAACAGUGUCACAUGUUGGGCAGAGCGGAGAGUGCAGGACAGUUGAUAAGCAGUAGACCCCCAACACCGCAGAAGCCAUGCCAACAACGCACUCAAGAAACACCACACACACAAAACCCAACCCCCACUCAGAAUACACACCCCACAUGGGAAAUGUGUCAGUAUACACAUAAAGACCAUGUCCAGAGAAGGGUGAAGGAGAGCAUUCGCAGAUGUGCUGAAUUCAGUGAUAUUUGUGAGGAGGUUCUGCUGAACACACUCCAGAACCUGAUGAUGGAGGCUUUCCUUGGAGAAAUGGUCCUUAGCUCUCAACCCAGCACCAUUUCCCUGCCGCCUGUUUCGAAGCAGUAA